AUGGAGGAUACAAUAAUCAAAGAAACCACGUCUUUGGUUCCUGUCACUGCUACUCAUGACGACAUUGAAGAAGAAUUUCCUCAUGUUACCAAAAACCAAUAUGUCUUGAUCUGUCUUCCAAGUGGUAAUGUCAAAAUGAUGAAUCUCAAAGAAGAUACAACUGUGAGUUUAGGCAAGUUUGGCUCUUUCAACUCGAAUAAUCUUAUAGAUCAACCUUUUGGUGUAUCUUAUGAAAUUUAUGACAACAAAGGCAAUAUUCGACCUAUCAAAAAUUAUGCUUUAGAAGCAGUAGAGGAAACCAAGGCCAACAAUCAAAAUAUUAGAGACACCAAAGCAGUUCAAGCUUUAACACAUGAAGAAGUGGAAAAACUGAAAAAGGAAGGUGAAAGUGGUAUAUUACAACCUGAACAAAUUAUUCAACGUAUUAUGGAAUCUCAUUCGGAAUUUGACAAGAAAACGGAAUACUCAAAAUUCAAAUAUAUUGAAAGAAAGAAGAAAAAAUUCAUGAAGCUUUUUACUCCUGUACGACCUACUUUAUACUCCAUUGCCAAUUACUUUUUUACCAAGAAUCCGGAUAAAAUCAACUUUCUUCGUGUGGAUACAUUAUCACAAUUGUUAAACAAGGCCAAUGUACGUGCAAACUCUAAAUUAUUGAUUGUAGAUGAUACUCAAGGAUUAUUGGUGGCAGCAGCUGCAGAACGUAUGGCUGGUUAUGGUACUAUUGUUGGUAUACAUGAAGGUGAAAAUCAUAACUUUGAUGUAGUACGAUAUAUGAAUUUCUCCAAAAGAAUUUUGGACUCAAUACAUUCAGUCCCUAUUGGUCGGGUGAAUCAAAGUGAUCCCAAUGAGGUGUGGCAAGAACGCUCAGAAGAAGAAUAUAAGAAUAUGACGGAAGAAGUUGCUCGUGCAUUUGCUCGAAGGAAGAAAGCUAUGGAACAAAGAAAUCAUGCUAGAGAUUUGUUAUUCCAAGGUGAUUUUGAUGGGUAA